AUGAGUUUGUCUUUGCGGCGAUUGCUUUGCGCCGCCGGCCUUCUGCCUUUGUCCCUGGCACAAAUCACAGUGCGGAGUGAGCCAGAGUCUGCGGCAGAGGCAACGGUGGAUAGCUUGGACUUCUCAGACGCCGCAGGGGUUCAGCUAGCAACGUUGAAGGGCAUCAAUUUCGGUUGCAAGUGCUACCCGGGCGAGAGGUGCUGGCCGUCGGCAAACAAGUGGAAUGCCCUCAACAACACUGUUGACGGUCGGUUGCUUGUUCAUAUCCCGCCAGGCGCCCCUUGCCACAACACCUUCAAUGGGCUUCUGGGAAUGGUGAGCACCUACGACGCGAACAAGUGUGCUGAGGUCACGCAAAACUUUGAGAACGAGUCGUGGACCGUGAGCCAGCCUGCUGCCGCGCUCUGGACCUACUUCACGAACGACACUUGCCGACCGACGCAAAACCCUACCGAUAGCUGUACGCUUGGUUACUAUGGUGUGUAUGUUAUUAUGGCGUCCACGCCGCGGCACGUCAAGGCCGGCAUCGACUUUGCCCGCCGAAACAACCUCCGGCUAAUUGUGCGCAACACCGGCCAUGAUUUUAUCGGCCGGAGCACCGGUUAUGGCUCGUUGAUCAUCAACACGAACAGUUUCCAGCAAAUCGACUGGAUCGACUCGUACAGUGGCCCAGGCGCCUACAAAGGCGGCGCUGUCACUAUUGGGGCCGGUGUCCAGGGUGAAACCAUCCUGUCCAAGGGCCAUGCUCGGGACCCUCCACUUGUCGUUGUCACAGGUGAAUGCCCCACCGUCGGUAUUGCCGGUGGCUUCAUCCAGGGUGGUGGCCACGGCCCGUGGACGACACUCAAGGGAUUUUCGGCCGACAACGUGCUUGCGUUUGAGGCCAUCACUGCCUCGGGCCACUACGUGACGGCGAAUGAGCGCCAAAACGCGGAUCUUUUCUGGGCUCUGAAGGGCGGUGGCCCGGCUUCGUUUGCCGUGAUCCUCUCGGUCACCAUGAAGACCUUCCCGGAUAUCCCGUCGGCUGGCGCCACGCUGUAUAUCAACUCGACCCACACUCUUGACUCGGAUGUUUGGUGGAACGGAACCACGGCUUUCCACAAGUGGUCCAACCACUUUGUUGACAACGGGCUCUACGUUUACUUUGAGAUUAUGCCUUUGACGUUUCGCGCACGGCCGUUCGUCGGCAUUGGAAAGAGCAAGGCCGAACUGCAAAGCAUUGUCCAGCCUCUUCUGGAUGAGCUGACGGCCAAGGGGUUGCCAUUCGAUUUUGACAUCAAGGACUUCCCAACCUUUUACGACUUGUAUGUCGACCUCUUUGAACCCGAGGCCGCAGGAGGCUCGGCGCUCACGGGUGGGUGGAUGUUCAACCACGAGGACGUGGCAACCAACAACGACGGCAUUAUCGAGGCUUUCAAAACAGUCCUAUCCCCCGGACCCGACCUGUUUGGCUUCAUGAUCGGCCAUUUGUUUAACCCAGGCUAUGGAGCCCCCAAGAGCAAUAGCGCGACACACCCGUCGUGGCGAAACGCUACCAACUUCAUCAUUGCCGCCCUACCCGUGGCGGUUGGCUCAUCGUUGGCCCAGAAGGCGGAGCUCCAGAACGUUUUAACGAAUACCAUUGAUGAGGCUCUGCGGCAGGCGAGCACCAGUGGGUGCACCUAUGUUAACGAGGCCGACCCCUACCAACGGGACUGGCAGAGCCACUUCUGGGGCGCCGAGUACCCAAAGCUCAAGGCUCUGCGAUGGAAGUGGGAUCCCCACGGGGUCUUUUACGCCGUGUCGACACCGGGAACCGAAGGUUGGGAGGUCAUCGAGGACGGGACCAGACAUACUGUUCCGGCUAUCCCGAAUGGCGGACAAGCGGCGCCAGCUGGAAAAGAUGAACCCGAAUCGUGGCUUCGGCGACUUGCCAUCCCACUGCGCAACUACCUCAAGGUUGACGUCGAGAACCGAAUUUUAUUUGCUGGUUUCCUCAUCACACUCUCCUUCAGUUUCACACAGGUCCCAAUCUUCUACGUGUUCCAUCUGAUGGAAUGCGAAGUCUUUUACAAGCACCACCCUCCAUACGAGGGUAGUGGCGACCGCUGCAGCCGCAAUGAGAUCGCCGCCGGAACCGCGACGCAGUUCUCCAUCUUGGGAAUGAGUACCACCUUUUGUGGUACUAUCAACCUGUUUGUAGCCGGAUGGAUGGCUAAGCGGUUCGGCCCGCGGGCCGCGCUUAUGGUGCAGACUUUGGUACCGGCUAUCCGGGUGGCCACGCAGAUUCUAGGCGUCCUGGCCGGCGGCGAGGCUGGUAUCAUCAUCAUCCAGUGUACACAGCUGAUUACCAUUAUCGGAGGCCCGGUUGGGUACAUCUUGGUCGCCAAUAUCAUUGCCGGUGAGCUGGUUGCGCCCUUACGACGGACAGCCGUGUUCGGCAUGCUUCAGGGCUGUAUCAUGUUGGGACAGGGGCUUGGGUAUCUAGCCGGCGGCAUGAUUGGUGACGUCUGGGGCAUUAGCCGGCCAUUUGAAGUCGCCUUUUAUGCAUUCUUACUAUCAUCCGUGUAUGUGCGAGUUGCGGUUCCGUACAUUGCCGCCGAAUCAUUGUCCAGCGGCUCGAAGACCAAGUCCAAGGGCUUCGCAGAGCUGCUUUCUCCAUUGCGGGUCCUUGUUCCGCAAAAGGUCUUACUGGAGACGGGGGUGUCAAUGAACCAUUAUGGCGUCCUCUUUCUAUGUGCCGGAGUAUUCCUGGGCGUUCUAGCUACGGGAUAUGCACCAUUGCUGAUUCAGAUGUAUGCCACCGCUGUGUUCGAAUUCCAACAGGCAGACAACGGCUGGCUCAUGUCGGGGUUUGCCUUUAUGCGCGCCGCAUUCUUGAUAUUCCUUUUCCCUCGCAUUAUCAGCGGUGGCCGGAAGUGGUAUAUGGCCCGGGAACGAAAGAGAGAUGGAGAAGGUCCUAAGCCUCGCCAGUCGUCCCGCCUAGCCACGAAUCCAGAGGAACUCGAAGCCCCUGUAGGGAGCCUUGCCGAAGAAGAACCAGUCUCGUCCGGCGAAGCGGAGGAUGGCGAAGGCACCGCUUUCGACCUUUUCUUUCUUCGUAUAAGCUUGGUUGUCGACGGCGUGUUGACCAUGUGCGCAGCCUUCGCCACCAAGAGCUGGCACAUUUAUCUCGGCCCAAGCUGCCUUUUUGCUCCCCUUCGCCUCGGGCUCAGCACCAGCAGCCAAGGGCGUCAUGACCGAAAUGUGUUCGGCUUCAACGAGAGCAGAUGCCUUGAACGCUCUGACACUCGUCGAGAACAUCGCCAGACUCGCAACUCAAGGCCUCUUCGGCUUCGUCUUUGCGGCCUUGGCACAAAUUGGUAA